AUGAGCUCCCCCUUCUCCAUCAAUGGCGGCGCCUGCGUCGCAAUGGUAGGCAAGGACUGUGUCGCAAUAGCCUGCGAUCUUCGCCUCGGUCUCCAGGCCUUGACUGUCUCCAACAACUUCCCCAAGAUCUUUCAAUACGGCGACGUUUUCCUGGGCCUCACUGGCCUUGCCACCGAUGUCUCGACCGUGGGCGACCUUUUCCGCUACAAGGUUAACAUGUACCGCCUCCGCGAAGAGCGCAACAUCGCCCCCACCACCUUCGCCAACCUCGUCAGUAGCUCCUUGUAUGAGCGUCGUUUUGGCCCUUAUUUUGUCUCUCCUGUCGUUGCCGGUCUCGACCCCAAGACUGGCAAGCCCUUCAUCUGCGGCUUUGACAGCAUCGGCUGUAUCGACUUCGCCAAGGACUUUAUUGUCUCUGGCACUGCCUCGGAACAACUCUUUGGUAUGUGCGAGAGCUUAUGGGAGCCUGACCUGGGCCCCGAUGAGCUCUUCGAAACCAUUUCUCAGUCACUCCUAAACGCCGUUGACCGAGAUGCCCUGUCCGGUUGGGGCGCACACGUGUACAUCAUUGAGAAAGACAAGGUCACGAAGAGGCUGCUCAAGGGCAGACAAGACUAA